ACCGUCGGAUUGUCGCCGAUGAAAUUUCAAAUACAAAAUAGCCAUUUUGGGUGAAUGAAAAAAAAAACCCUAAAAAUAACAUAUCAACUGGUUCUUUCUAUUGCAUCGAAGAUUCGCUCUUCUUCUUCUUCCCUUUUCCCUCGCAUACUUUGAACAUACCCUUUAUACCUACAUUAGAGUAUCUCUUCUCUUAGACGCUUGUAGAUAUUAUAUUGUUGUAUUUACAUAUCACAAACCUUCAAUGAUUUCGGUUAUACCAACCACUUCUUACCUGGAAAGCGUAAGUAGCACAUUGUCAAUCCCAUCACGGACAUCAUGCAUUACAAUACCUACCAUCACCGAUUUAGAGGGACAAAAGCAUCUUCGAAAACGACAGGAGAGGGAUGAAGAUGAUGAUGACGAUAGUGUUUUGAUAAAACCUACCCAUAGCGUCGUACAUGUAACCGUUACUGCGGCUGGUACCGUAGUCUAUACCCAAACAUACACUUCUUAUUCUUAUGUCAAAAGCUAUAUACCUGCCAGUCCUUCAGCAACUAGUUAUUCCAACGAUCACAGUAGUAGUAACGGAUCAUCAACAUCAACUCAAACUCAUGCGUCAAAAAAUAGCUCUAAUCUUGGUGCCAUUAUCGGUGGAACGGUAGGCGGUGUAGCAGCCAUUGCUCUGGUGGGUCUAUUAUUUUAUUUGGUACGUCGACAUAAACGGAAAAAAAAUAGUCAAGAUAAUAUGUUGUAUGACGAGGACGAUUCGUAUUAUCGGGGCCAUCAGCGAAAUAAUGCCGCAACCGGAGAAGAAUUGAUAGAUGAUGAUGAAAAAGACGAUGGUUGUGGUAGCACAAUCGGCGUAGGAAGUACUGUGCCACCCACACCCAGGCAUUUAGUAGCACCGCUCCAGCAAUCAUCACUGACAGCAAUCACAGGAGCUUCAAUAUCAACACAAGGAAAUGUCAUAGGUGGCACUAAUCGCGAAGAAAAUGGAAGAGAAUCCAAAUAUUAUCCUUCAACAACGCUAGAUAAUGGAUACUAUGCGAAUGCUCUUCACCCCAUGCCUUAUUACUCUGCAACUAAUAGUGUCGUUUCUGAUUCUAUGCCCUCAAGUACCAUGGAAAAUAGUCAAUACAACGGUACAACUGGAGAUUUGAAUCCUCCGCCGAUGUCAUAUACAGGGUACUUGCAAGUGCCAAAUGCAAUUGAUUUUCAUGUCAAUGAGAUUGUACCAUAUCAACAGAACACCGAUCAUACCAAUACAGUUAGACAUGUACCGCACUUGAAAGAUGAUAUCACUACCACGAUUGCUGAACCGCCUCAUUCUAAAGACUAAUUAUUGCUCCAGGCUUUAAAGAGAUACUGUGGCAAAUCGACCUUAACAGGUUUUUUUCUUACUUUUUUUUGGAAUUUGAACUCAUGGAUACUUACGCUACUUAUGUAAAAAGCAUUCCCUUUCACUUGUACAUUGAAAUCUUCGUAUCGUCCAUGUUAUAAUUAACUCGCGCUCAUAAUAACUUAAUGAUCUGUUAAGAAAGCUUGAUUGCCGUAUAGAAUAAUAAAGGUGCCAUCCUUUUCUAUUGUAUCUUCUAGAUACGAUAGUAUUAGAUUAAUUCUGCUUUUGAGAGUAAUAUUACUUUGACUGUUUUCCUUGAAGCACUCUGUUACAAUGAGCCUGAGCUAAAAUAUUCAUUAUGCAGCAAAAUAAUUGUACAAGCAUGCCACAGCGAUGUUUUAUAUCAUUAAGGGAAAAAGCAAUAG